AUGGCUGAAUUUCAAAAGGAGCACGUACGAGCUGUUUCACGGAACUUUGUGGAGUUGCUUCAACAUGACCAGUUUCUUGAUGUUACUGUCACUCUUCAUGGCUUUGAACUGAAAUCUAAUCGUUUGUUACUGUCGGCAUCAAGUGGCUACUUCCGAAGUUUAUUUGAUUUUUAUGAGAACCAGUCCUCUGGAACGGCACACUAUGACAUUUCAUCAGAGUACUUGACGGUGAAAGGGUUCCAGUUCAUCAUCCGUUUUCUGCAUUCUCUUGGACAAGAUUGGGAGGUGAUUCCAGCUGAAGAUUACGAACUCAUAUAUGCGGCCGCAAGUUUCCUUCAAGUACAUUCCUUGCAGUGCCUACUGAGCGAUUUGAUUGUUCAUAGUCUUACGCCAUCUUCUGUGUUAGAUGCGCUCCGCCUUGCAAGUGUUUUUGAUGAUCGCCAUUUGCAUACGCAAUCAAUGAUGCUUCUAUUAAACAAAUUCCACUUAAUUGAUGUGUUCUCGGAGGAAUUUCUCCAGCUCUCAGAGGACCGAAUCCGGGCCAUCUUUUUGAGUGACCAGGUCAAUGUCCCAUCGGAAAGUUUUAUGGUUGAGGCGUUGCUCUCCUGGGUCUCUUUCGACGUGGAGGAACGGAUGGAUUUUUUUCGACAGAUGUUCACUCGACUUAUUCGUUUAUCACUUGUCAAGGCUGCAGAUCUUAAAGCCAUUGCCACAGAUACUCGUUUUGCCAAGGCAAGCGGGGCUAUCGACCUACUGCUUCAGGCCUAUCGAUCAUUGUCUGGUAUUCCGACCACUCCAGAACUGGAUGUGACACUGGCGACAACCGGACUUCAAACAACUUCAGCUCGAAUUGGUACUGCUUUCAGGAUCUAUGCUAUAGGAGGCUUGGAGGAUUUAGGUGUACAGGUUGCUCUUUCUGUUGAUGAAUACCGGACGCCACCGUUCUACAGCUUCGACACCGCUUUGCUGCAGUCCAAACCUCACGUUAACCCGGGAGAACCCUGUCGUGUUUACCAUGCAGUGGCGUCAUCACUGAGUUGGAUUUAUAUUACGGGUGGGGAGUCGGAGGAUGGGGAAAUUAUAGAUCACUGUUCCAAAUACAGUCUGACAGAAAAAAAGUGGUUUCCCAUGGCAUCUUUAGAUGCCCCACGCUCUCAUCAUAGUCUCGUUUCUGUUGAAACGUUCCUCUACGGUUUUGGAGGCUACCGCAUGGACUGGAGUACUGGCUACACACUACCAACAGAUUCGAUCUUUGUUUACGAUGCGAUAUUCAAUCGAUGGACGCAGUCUGUACAUAAACUCCCAUUCGUCGCCGUUGACAUGGGAGCCGUUUUGCUUCCAUCCAAACGUAUGAUUAUGUUAGCUGGUGGUCUCCAGGAGCAUGGUGACGAGAUGCGCCCUUCCAAUAAUGUAAUACUUUAUGACCCAGCAGAGGACGGGAAUGCCUGCUUCAUCACGCUUCCUAACCUUCCUCUCCCUCUAACCGGUGUCGCUUUAGCCUACGAUGAAAUCAGCGAUCAUGUGUUUGCUUGCGGCGGAAAGUCUGAUCCAGCACACGCCACCCAACCGGGUUUUGUGAGGGGUGACAUAUCUGGUCACGUGCUGCAAUUCAGCUUCGAUACGCAUUGUUGGUCAACGGUUGCUGCCCUGGAUUGUCCCCGCUAUCACGCCACCGCCCUGAUACAUGAUUCUAAGCUCUUCAUUCUUGGAGGUAUCACGGAGGACGAUACGGCUGAAUUCAUAGGUCGCUUACUGUACGAUGAGCUGAAGUCUCUAUCUGAAUCCACAGACCAGAGUUCUUCACAUAAUUUGGCUGAGGAAGCCCCCGACCUCCUUACUGUACGAGACCCAGGGUUCAUUUUACAUCACCUGUUUUCCCCAAACUACCGACGUCCAGAUUUGCUCUAUCAUCCCUAUCGUCCCUGUCAUUUCAUCGAAGCGGUGAGCAUUCUUCGACAGACUGAGGCUUCCGGUGACCCUACCACCUCGAGCAUUUUGGAUCCGACUCCCGCACCCCGUCUGAAGCGUUGCCGAUUCCCUGUGGAAGUUUAUGAUACCCAGCAGCCAUGGUUUGGUCGAUGUCUUGCACAGUACUGUAUUGCCCCCGAUCUCCCUUGAACAUGUGUACAUAACAAGUGCAACCUCCCUGUGAUCUCAAAAAUUGAACCAAUGUUGACGUCUUUCAAUCUAUUUUGUAUAAUAAUUGAAUACUCGGCUUUAGUGACUUAUACGUU